GCGAGGCGAAGCCCCGGGGGGAUCGAGAACGGGGUGGGAGAGCCGGGCUCGGCGGCGACGGCGGGGCGAGGCCCGGGCAUCGAGGGCGAUGGAGGAGGCACUGCUCUCCACGCCCAUCAACCCCAAUAACUUCCCAGCCAAACUGUGGCGGUUGGUGAACAGCCCGCGCUACCGCUCCAUCCGGUGGGACGGGCGCGGCGAGGGCCUGCUCAUCGACCAGCCGCUUUUCGAGGCGGAGCUGCUGAGCCCGCCAGGGGCAGGCGGCGGGGGCGGCGGCGGGGGCGGCGGGGGCGGGGGCGGUGCCGGGGGGGCCGAGCCCGAGCUCUUCAAAACCACCAACUUCACGAGCUUCAUCCGUCAGCUCAACCUCUACGGCUUCCGCAAGGUGGUGCUCGGGGGGCCCGGGCCGGCGGGGCCCGGCCCGGGGCCCGGGGGGGGCGGGCCGGCGGGCGACGGGCCCCUGCACCACUUUCACAGCCCGCACUUCCGACGCGACCAGCCCCAGCUGCUGGUGCACCUCAAGCGCCUCACCAGCGCCAACAAGGCCAAGCUGGCGGCCGGCCUCGAGGUCUCCUGCCGACCGCCCAACCGCUUCCAGAGGUUGCUGCUCACCUCCGCCUCGGCUUCGGCCUCGGCCUCCACCUCCCCGCUGCAGCACCAGGAGCCGCCGCCGCCACCCCCGCCCUCGGGGGCCCGGCCUGAACCUCACGGACCAGUGGCCGUAGGACAGUUUCACCGGUCAUUCCGGCGAGAUAGUUUGUCUCCUUAUUCCUACGUAUCAACUUCAUCCCACAACCACAGCACUUUCCCGCUGAAAGGUUUAGAUCGGACCCCGAUCCCUCCUAGAACGUGGCAGAACUCCCUUGGGAUGCACCCAGGACAGGUGGAGACUUCCCCCACUUUCUCAGAUAAAGGGGUUCCAUUUCCUGUACUGCAGAGGUUUCCAACUGAGGUUACGUAUACCCUCCAGCCCAGCGCCACAUCUGUUCAUGUUCAGCAAGGGCCUCAAACAAUGGUCAGCUCCUCCCAGAAAUAUAGUAACUACACACCCUCAGCGCAGUACUCCCAAGCCUACUAUCCAACAGCAGUACUACAGUGUUGCUCCCCAUCUACCCACAUGGAUGCCCUAAGUAGCUGUGUCAGUCCCACUGCCUCUUCCUAUGCACACUGCAAUUAUUUCCAGAAUCCUCCAAUGCAGUCUUCCUAUCCUGUUGAAUUUCUGCCAUCUAACUGGCCGUGUGGUGCUACUGAUGAAAAUAAGAAAACUGAAGUAAACUUGGAAGCUGUCUUUCAAAUUGUAGAUGAGCUGCAUUCAUCCCCUAAACUGGAGAUGGUAAAGGUAGAGCCUGUAGAAAACCAGGGGCCAACUUCCCAGUCUAACAGGGGUCAGCAUAUCCUGGCAAAUCCAAGUAAUAGCAAUGCAUCUUCCACGAGUCAGACUAGCCAACUGGAGCCACUUACUCCAGUAGGUUCAGAUAUUACAUCAUUUGUGGUUGGAACAGAACAAGCAAUUACCUGCUCUCUGCCACAGUCACCCGAAUAUAUCUAUACCAUCCACACUGCUCAGCCUGUUGAAAAUACCACUGCAAUAACAGUCCAGGAACCUGCCGGAGCCAUCCAACAAGCUCAUGUAAAACUGAAGGAACAGCUGAGUCAUAAUCCAUCUCCAUCAUCAGUAGUAUUUGUACAGGAGGGGCUACCGUUCAGUGCACAUCAGGUGGAUGCCAGUAUAAAGUGCCAGACCAAUCCACCUGAGAAUAUCCUGCCUUCAGAGCAGAUGGGAUUCCUUAUUUCAGAUAUGGGGCCAGCCAGCAAACCUAGUAAAGAUACAGGUUCAUCCACCCCAGCCAGAUACAGAGAGCGAAGAAGCAGCUCACAACAGGGCAAGUCCCCUGAUGUACCAGAAGAUUUAAGUCCCAGCUCUCCAAAUUGGACAGUUUUCUUUAAUAAGAUCUCCAUCUGCUGGUGGAUGUGGCUUGCAAGCAGGAGCACUUUCCAAAGGAGGAAGAAUUAAAAGAGUGAGGAAUGGAUGACAAAUGUGACAUUGUGCACUAGCUGUCGGCUAGUUUCCUGGAGUCAGGCUGGCCUUGCACAUGACACACAGUUGGGAUUUUUUUCAGUUGUGUUAAGAAAAAAUAUUUUUUUUGUUCUUUGUGAAUUUUAUUGGGAAUUGGUCACUUUGGUAUUUACUACAUCUGUUCAGUUCAAAUUCUUUGCUUUGACAAGCUAUAAAAUAUCUAGUGGUCAAAUUAUUUAGCUACCCAGAUCCCGUACAAAUGGAAAGCCCUGGCUGUCUGUUACAAUCAGGAAGCCUCUAAAAACUGCCUACAACCAUGGUACUGGAGAACAUUAUUUUUUUGGGGGGUGCCGAUUUGUCAUCUUGCUACUCCAGUUUGCUGUGAACUGUAGUCAGCAUAACUCCACUGAGGAGUUCAGUCUGUUUCAAGUCACAGUGUGGCCUUUUUAAAGAGGAUUGUGUGAGAAACAAAGGCAUGUAAGGUCACGAGAUCACAGGUCUGAAAUGGGUCAGGGAUUCCAGGGAAGCAGCUCUGGGAAAGAGCUAAUUUUCUAAGUGAUUAACCAGGAAAUGCUCUUACUUCCUAACCCAGAAUUCUGUUUCAACAGCAAGGCGUCCGGACCUAGGACCAUCCAUCACACUUAACAGCCGCUGAUUCCUUUACAUUAAUGGAAGCUUUCUUCCAUUUUCAUAUUUUCCUUUGAUUUUAAUGAUAUAUUAUCAUAAAUGGUAAGAAAAAUGGUUCCUGUAAUAUACUACUUAUUUAGAUGUCUUCUAAAGAAAAGAAUUUAACUUGUUUAAUAUAUUAUUGUAUUUAUAAAUGCUAGUAGAUUUAAGGGUUUAAUGGCUAUGUAUUUGUAUUAAUAUUGAAAGAUAGAAGGAUAAAGGAUGCAUGUUGUAAUAUUUCUAUUCUGAUGGGAGAUUGUACAGUAUGUGAGCAAAGCAGCAUUGAUAUGUAACACAAUACUUUGACUGCUUAUUCAGAUAUAUAUGUGUAUGUGUGUGUAUAUAUAUUAUAUAUAUAUGUAUAUACAUAUAUACAUAUAUAUAUAUAAAAUAUAUAUAUGGUAAAUCUUAAUCUUUAUCUGUAGAAAAAACCAUACCCAAACUUUGAGUCACUGGAGAGAACUGGUUGGCAGUUAUUUAGCAGAAGCUAUGCUUCCUAUAUUUUUUCUAGUUUAUAUCUUGGUUUCAUCUUCUAAGAAAGUUCUGGGUGGUGGGACAGACUAUUGUUUUAACCCUCUUCAGGGUUCUGAACUUGAGCGGUUGGAUUAUGGGGAUAGUUUGGAGGUUUAUCUCCUUAGGAGACAUAUUCUUGGCUGUUCAUUUUCUGUGAUUUAACUCCCAUAAAACAAAACUCCCUCAAAUACCAUCUCAUGACUGCUAGAAGCUUUCAGAUUUCAAACCUUUAAAAUAGGCUAGACCUACCUUCUUGAAUUAUGCCUCAGUUUGUCUAGUGAGUACCUGAAAACAUGAAACUCAUUAAAAACAAAAGGUACAGAAUGACAUGGCAGGUGCAUUCUGCCAGCUAUGUGGGUGUCCUGAACUAAUUUCUGAGAUCCCAUUGUUUACAAGUGUUGAUUACAAACCUUGGAACUGUUAUGGAAACUAAGCUUUCUGGAAAAGGAUCAACUCCACAGUGACUUCAGUCAGUCCAGCUGUGAAAGUAGGUCCUUAAGGGUGAACUACCCAUCUAAUCGGGCUAGUAGGUAUCCAUGUGAUGGGCAUUUGCUCUUGUUGGCAAAGCUCAAAGGAAAAAUGAGUUGUUGAAGUCCCAUCCAGUUUGCCUUACUUAUAAAAAGAGACCCCAUUGGCAAAUAAAGGAACUUUGCUUUUUUUUUUUUUUUUUUUUUUUUUUUUUUUUUUUUUUUUUUUUUUUUUUUUUUUGGUAUGUUGCAAAGCUGAUAUUACUGUACAGGUCAUGCUCCUUCCCUUAAUCUUGCUUUCUUAGAUCUGUACAUUGAAAGAGGUGAUAUCUUUUUGGAAACAUGAGCCAAGCAGGAGCCUUGGCAUAGAUUUAGAUUUGGUGGUUUUAAAAGGCUUAAUUAAGGAAAUGCCAUUAUCAGCUUUCCGAAUUUUUUAUAUAUGAAUACAACAAAGGCCGAGGAGCUGGAUCUCCUGCCAUACUCACAUGCAUGGUACUUAUCAUCUAAAGCUAUCCUUAUUGAUUUGGGGAAAAUGGCAAAAGAUAAAAUAGUCUCUGCAUGAACUAGCCAGUAGUACAUGGCACAUGCUAACAAGGCUCCUGACUUGCACCUCAGUAUUUCAGCACCUUAUGCACUGAUGUAUUUCAGUCAACAAUAAAGUGAGUGUUCCAACUAGA